ACUCAAUCUAGUUUCACCAUCCAAUCCUAUAUCAUUGUCAACCUUGAUUCUGUAAACAACUUUUACCGCAGUUUCCCGAGUUUCCAAAUUUCAGCUAUAAAACUUUUUCUUGACUUGAGUUUUGAAAAAAAAUAAUUGCAAUUAAACUAAAAAGUUGAUCAACAAAGAUUUGAAAAUUGUUCAUUUAUGCACCUUUCUGUUUCCAAUACUAGGUUUAAAAGUGCAUCAUGAAACAGGGUAAAAUGUGUAAACUUUUGCAAACUCUUAUUCAAUUGGUGAUAAUCAACUGUGCACAAUCCAAUUGGGAUGAUUGGUGGACUUACGAUGGAAUUUCAGGACCUGAUUUUUGGGGUCUUCUCAAUCCAGAAUGGCAUUUAUGCAGCAAAGGUAAAAGACAGUCACCAAUUGACAUUAAACCACCUCAACUUCUUUAUGACCCAUCUUUAAGGCCUCUUCAAAUUGAUCCAAACAAGGUCAGUGGUAUUCUUGAAAACAAUGGCCAUGGGAUAAUCUUCAGGGUGCAGGAACAAAGUGAGGUUAGAGUAGAGGAUAAUCUAGUCGAAGAGUCAUCAGUCCACAUUGAAGCACCGCCAAAUCGUAUUCAAUUAUCCGUCAAUAUAACUGGAGGUCCAUUGUCAUAUUCAUACACAUUUAGCGCCAUUUACUUACACUUUGGACGAACUGAUAAUCAUGGAUCUGAACAUUCCAUUGGAGGCCUAACCUUUCCCGCCGAGUUACAAAUAAUUGGAUAUAAUUCGGACUUAUAUCAAAAUAUCAGUGAUGCAUCAAAUAAAGCCAAUGGACUUGUAGCCAUUGCACUGCUAAUUCAGGUUGGAAACAGUUCCAAUAUGGAACUUAAUCAUCUGAUAAGUCUUGUUCAAGGAAUCAGAUUUCGAGGUCAAAAUACCACCGUCAAAGGAUUGUCAGUAGGUGAUCUUUUACCUGAACGAGUUCAUUACAUGACAUAUGAAGGAUCGCUGACCGUUCCAGGCUGCCAUGAAACAGUGACUUGGGUCAUAGCAAACAAACCGGCAACCAUAACAGCUCAUCAGCUUUUCUUGUUGCGCAAAUUGAUGCAAGGUGAAUCCGACCUGCCGAAGGCUCCAUUGGGCAACAAUUUUCGUCCUCUUCAACCUUUGAAUGCUCGUUUUGUGCGAACCAACAUUGACUUCAGACGACGUCCAGGAGAAGAUUGUCCCACCAUGAGGAAAAAUAUGCAUUAUCAGGUCAACUCUAAACAUAUCAAAAUAUGAAAUGAAAGGCAAACUCCUUGGUGACAUGCAGGUGAAUAUAUCAACUUGGAAAGAGACAAGAUUGAAUAAUGAAAUUUUCUCAGGCAGUCACAGAAACAAUGGAUAAAAUUGAAAUGUUGAAACAAGCAAAAAAAGUGCCUUCAAGUGGUGGAAUGACAAUAAGAGCAAUAUGCGAGUUGUGAUGGCAAACAAUUGAUUAACUUGGUGGAUCGAUGCUAAUUCAAUAAAUGUUUUCAUCAUUGGUAAAAAAACAUUAAAAUGGUUAACUCUAGCAACUGGUUAAAUUGGCACCAAAUAGGAAGACAAGGAAUUGAGGAACAAUUUCAAGUGGACUUCAUGUUUUACUUACCUUUUAAACCUCAAAUUGAACUUCUUUUUCUCCUCUUCUUUCCCAUUUUAAUUGGCAAAUUUUUUAGAAAAAUAUUGAACUUGGUUAGAUAAUGAAUUAAAUCCACUUUGCUUACCUGUAAAAAGAACCUAAUGAUGAACAUUGAAAAAUUAUUGUACAAAAAAGAUCGCUUUGUUUCCAUCCAUUUAUUGACAAAAGUCAUUCUUUUAUUGACAUUGGUCACUGAUUGUGGGUUGAAACUUUGCUCCUGUGCUUUGGUAUAAAUCAAUUAAACUUUGACAAUCAUA